UUAUUGAUUAUUCGUCAUAAAAAUUUAAUGUUUAUAUUUCCCGCCAAUAAACGGCGGCUAUUUUAGCCUUUUUGUGAACCCCGCGACAGGAAGUGAGUGAUGAAGGUGCUACGCAGGCGCAAAUUGACCUUUCGGUUGAAGAAUCCGUCGGUCACAUAUUUCUCCACACCGUAAGUAAAGCACCGGCACACAACAUGGGUGACAUUGAAGACACACACUUCGAGACCGGCGACUCCGGCGCCUCGGCCACCUUCCCCAUGCAGUGCUCGGCGCUGCGCAAGAACGGCUUCGUCAUGCUCAAGGGGCGCCCCUGCAAGAUUGUAGAGAUGUCCACCUCCAAGACCGGCAAACACGGCCACGCCAAGGUGCACCUGGUCGGCAUCGACAUAUUCAACGGCAAGAAAUACGAAGACAUAUGCCCCUCCACCCACAACAUGGACGUGCCUCACGUGAAGCGCGAGGACUACCAGCUGACCGACAUCUCUGACGACGGCUACCUCACACUGAUGGCGGACAACGGUGACUUGCGCGAGGACCUGAAGAUUCCGGACGGUGAUCUCGGCAUACAACUGCGCUCCGACUUCGACAGCGGCAAAGAGCUACUGUGCACAGUGCUGAAGUCUUGCGGUGAGGAGUGUGUCAUCGCAGUGAAGGCAAACACGGCUCUCGACAAAUAAACCAACCGCAGCAUUUAUAGGGUUACAACAAACAUAUAAUUUUUUUACAAUCAAACAACUCUUACAUAAAUGUAAAACAUAAUAUUAUGUAUAAUUGUAUAAUUUAUAAAUAUGAUCGUUUUGACGCUCGGACCGACAGUCCCGCCAUCCGCGUUCGCACGUUACACUACAUGGGUAAUGAUCACCGCGCGGACAUUAGCUGAAUAGUUACACUUAUCUACUUAAUUUAUUGUGAACUUAUUAUAAGUGAUGAAUUGUUGUUCCCAUUUCGUAUAGGUUAAGCGAAGCCGCUAUAGCUCCACGGUUAGAAGCCCGGACUCAAAAUUGAGAGGCCUAACGUUUUCGUCCGUUGGAGUAAAGUACCCAAUUGUAACCAACUAUCAGCUUUGUUGUACGUGAAAGCGACCUUUAUUACUCAUGCUUAAUAGAUAUCUUUUUACUAAAUCUUGAUGUGGGAGUUUACCUUGUCCUCAAAAAAAUGACAGUCCACUGCAAUUUGCCCAAGGGAAACCAGACCCACUAAUGAAGAUCAAGGCUGGGAAGUUAGAGAAGUUUAUAACAUUUAUGGUGAAUUGUUCCUUUGAGCAAGACACUUCUAAAUAGAUCACAAAGCCAAUAUGGUGAGCCGAUGUCCUCAUUCACAUAUCCCUUCGCAGCUAAUCCACGGAUUCUCCGUGCGGUGUGCCGGGUCUAUGUCGCAGAGAGAAAAACUCAAAAACAAAGUCCAGGACUUGUGACCAAUGGGCAAUGGAUGUAUUCUUAAGGAAUUCCAUUGUCAUGAUUACUUAACGAACGUACUUAGUACUUUUAUCUUAACAUUUUUGCGACGAAUUGCACCAGUACAAGAAGUUAAGACAUGUUGGCAAUGUUACAACAUCUCUAUUGCUAAGGCAAUGGAAGUCUCUUGGUGACUUUUUGGAAUGAGAACCUAUACUAUGGCCGAAGACUAUACCAAUAGAAUUGGAACUAUAUGUUGAAGCCAUAAUAUACCUGUGACUAAUGUCUUUGAUAACUUACAAGUACUUUUACUGACCUUUAAUGCCUUUAAAGAAAUUCAGCUGGAGCAUGAAAUAUACCCUUAAAUACUGAUGGUCUGUCUAAAGACUUUGGCCUGUAACUGUGGAAGUCCAAAGAGCGUUGUAAGAUACAAUUCAAGGAAGGAAGGAAGAAGAAGAAGAUAUACUUUAUUGCACACAUAAAUAAGAAAAUAAUUAAAUGGAGGAGGUACUUAUGGACCUCUCUCAAGACUAUAAUAACGAGGACAAGGUAUUUGUAAAUGAUCGGAGGGUCUUAUGACCUCUCUUAAGACUAAUAAUGAGGACAAGGUGUUUGUAAAAAGAUCACCAGACCACAAGAGAUGGGAGUGAAAAGAGAUUAAGUAUAAUAUGAAUAAACCCUUUUUUACUAAGCUGUUAUUUAAAAUAUAAUCCUCAACGUGAAUGCUUUCAUUAAUUUAUUUCGAUACAAAAUAUCGUGCGAGCUCGGAUGUCGUUGUAACUUCUCGUUUGUUUUGUUUUGUUUGUUCUCUUUUCGUUUUACCGUCGUUCUUUACGUUGCGAGCCGCCGAAAGGAAGACGUAUAUAACCUAAAAAAAAAUAUUUUAUAUCACAUCUGUGUGAUAACUCUAAAACUCAAGUGGUGGAUAUUGCUUUUUUGGGCCCGCGAAAAGAUGAACCGCAAACCGGAAGUUGUUUACCAAUACUUUUAAAACGCUAAAUUAAUUAAUAUCAUAUUAAAUAAAAAAACGCAAGAAAAUUGAAAAAAAAAGUUUUGAAAAAAUCCAAAAAAAAAUAGAAAUAAAGAGAAAUUCUUUGAAUGUUGGGUGUGUGAUUGUUUGACGUCGUUUGGCCUGCGCCGCACUGAUUUGCCGAAACUGAACAAAAAAUCGGUUUAUUUUAUAAUUCAAUACCUUCUAUUUAAAUAUCAGCUGAUCAUACAAGUCGAGCCUAACCUCAAUGCUUUUUCACAAGAAUAUCCUAGGUGCAAUUGCGUGACUCGAUGGAAUCCAUGUGACAGCUCCAUUUUAUGACAAAUAAAAUGGAGAAUUAUGAAGGAAUUCUGUCAGUUUGAAAAAGAUGGCGGAAUGGAUUUGCUGUCAAAGGGAUCUGAUCAAAUCAGGCAAUUGCCCACUAAAUAACUUCCUAAGUCAGUCUUUGUCUAGCAUUGUAUUCCUAAAGCAUGUUAAACCUAUAGUUUAAUAUUGCACUAAAAUAUGCACGGAUAGUCGACUCUCACUUGCGAUCAGUGAUUUCUUGACCAUCAAAUCAUGAUCGAUCAGAAGUGAUCAGUGAUUUCUUGAUGUCACUGAUUAGACUUAAAAUUCGCGUUUCGUCAUGUCAGUGUUGCGUGGGUCAAAUGACCUUUUAGUCCUUUGACGGCGUGCUGGUAACGCCGCGUGCCCUUCGACCAACACUUGCCAUCUGUUCAAAUGACUUACAAUUUCUAUAAAUAAAAAAAAAUAUAUAAUUUUAUAUCAUAUUCAUUGAGGCAUCCUACCUACAUGAGUAAGUGGCUCGCAGCGAUUGACAAAAAAUAUAUAUGAUAUAUUUAAAAUAUAAUCUCGUCGUCAACCCUUUUCGUCCGCGACUCGUCCUUGCAGUAUCUCUAAAAUUCCUUAGCACGAGUUUAAACGAUGGUUAUUGACGAGUCCUUGACGAAAUAACUUCGCAUAGCUAUAAGGAACAAUUCUGACAAACUACGAUCGGGUUAAUGAAAUAAAGGUGACGAGAUCAGGACGAGUCGACGACUAGUAUUUAAAUCCUUUUAGAACGUUUUGCUAAUGCAAUGUUUAUUAUUGACGAAUUGUGGUUAUAUAGCGCGAUGGGUGACUCGCUCGUGUAGAUGGGCCUAUAUCGCUCCCUCUGUACCCCUUGUAUGAGUUAUAUAUUCGAAAACUGUAUUCACCUUUGAGAUAGCAGCCAAUUUUUUUAUAUCAUAUCGAUCACAAGGAGAUAGAUAGGGCGUUUAUUGUUGUCCAUAAAUUACUUGUAGUUCAAUCGACGCUUCUAACGAUAAAAUUUUCGCAACUGACAACGCUGUUCUAAACACCGUAAACAGUAGAGCUCCUGGCGUUUUCAAUAUUAUUCUGUAGUGAUAUUUAAAAAUGAUUUUGAAUGGGUCAUUUUUAUAAGGUACUCAACUCGAAAGUACCCAUAUUUCUCAUGCCAGUAGCCUCUGGUGAUGUAUAGUAUUAUUUAUGCCUACGUUAAUUUUUCCUAAAGUAAUAAGAAAACAUCAUGAUGAAAGUUUUCGAUUUGUAACCGAUUCGUACUAGGGGUACACGAGCGGACGCGAAAGACUGACCCAAGUCACGCGUAAACACAAUCACUUCAGUCAAGACUGAAUUGCAUUUUUUUUAGAUAAAAAAGAAACUAGUUUAUUAUUGUAUAAACUUAGCUCUACGGUUUAGAGAAUGUGUGCUGAGCCCCUUUCACACUGACGUUCAUAUCGUGACACGACGGUGACGUCACUUUCGACACAACUGUCAUGUAGAGGUGGGUAUAUCUGUCUAAGUCCGUAGACAGAGAAAGUAUUAGACGCAUUGAUGGCAUCCGUCCUCAGACCAAUAACCUUCUAUUGGACUUGUAUUGCACUCAAAAACAGCAACAAAAUUGUCUGUCGUCUUUUGAGGGGGAUAAGGUAAACUCGCACAUAAUAAUUAAUUGAACACCAAUAUAUCCUGUGUUACACAACAACUUAUAGAUUUUUAAUCGUUUAACAUUCACGUAAUUUUAACACAAUGAAACAUCGAUUAUAUAGACGCAGUUUGUGUUUAAACGUUUGAUCAUGAUCAAAUAGUUUUGACAGGGGUAAACUCAAGGCAGGUCCUUGGAAGGUGAUUGGUCUGAGCAUCCAUCGCGUUCUCUCAAAAGAUUACAGCUUAUACAUAAGAAACGAGGCAAAGCAAAUCAAUAGCCUUUGACUAGUGAGGACAAGUUUGACAAUCAAUAAUAAUAAUUUUUUAUGCUUAUAUUUAAAAAAAGUUAUAUUGGUGAAAAAAUAGUUCAGUGUAGUUUGUUGUGUCUAUAUGUUUUAUGUGAUGUAAUCAGUACUCUGUCUACGAAGAGACAUUGGUUGGCUACUAGUAAUUGACAACUAUUGCGACUGCAAAUGCUGUAGUGACCAAACUUCAUUAAAGUCCGGCCGCUCAGAGAUUGCGUUUCUGUUUGGUCGUGAUCAUGAUAUUAUCCCGUUUUUUGUCUCAUCACUACAAAGACAAACGGUUGGCAUAACCUUUUAACAGCGCAGUUCAACAACCGUCUACGCCAGUUCACGAUCACGGCCUGUCAGAAACGCAAUCUCUGAGCGGCCGGACAUUAAUCAAUCUUCGCACGCACAGUACAGAGGUUGAGAAGUGUGUUGCCGACCACAGCUCGCUGUUUUCUCGUCUAACUCCUCAUACACUGAUCUUUAUACUAACUGAUACUGUAGUCCGCCAUUUUGAAAUUUGGAAAACCACCAGGGAUGGUUAUUGAAGAACUAAGUAAAAUAUGGCUUACUGCGUAUGUAAUAAGUAGAAUUAAUUAUUUUAUGUAAUGACUGGCGGACGCCCGCGAAACGUCCCGCUCUUUGACCUUAAUCCGGUACUGUCUCAGAAUCUGUUCUUAGCCGACGUCUACUUUCUAUGGAAAGUACUUGGCGGGGACAAAAAGCUAAAUUUCUUGUACGUCUAGCGGUUUUCGAUAUUUUGUGAGCUUUCGCUUUUAUAUAUGUAGAAGAAGAGGAAGAAGAAGAAGAGAAUAAAGUAAUUAUUGUAAAGAAUGACGAUUUUGAAAAAGUCACUAUUGAGAAUGUAUUGCCGGGUCAGUUGAACCUGUCUUCUGGUCCGGUCUUUACAGUCAAACUUGAUUUUAAAAAUGCUUGUAGUUUACAAGCUUUUUGAAAUAAAUUAAAUUUUAUUUUUAUUUAAAAAUACUGACGCAUGGGCAGUUUUAUUUACUUUAGUUUUUUUUUUAUUAUUAUUUACAAGUUAGCCAUUGACUACAAUCUCACCUGAUGGUAAGUGAUGAUGCAAUCUAAGAUGGAAGCGUGCUAACUUGUUAGGAGGAGGAUGAAAAUCAACACUCCUUUCGGUUUCUACACGAUAUCGUACCGGAACGCUAAAUCGCUUGGCGGUAAGUCUUUGUCGGUAGGGUGGUUACUAGCCACGGCCGAAGCCUCCCACCAGCUAAAACUCUUCUUUCUUGGUAACUAGUGGCGCUGAGUCCUACCCACACAAACAAACUUUCAGUAAGCAUUCGUAUCCAGUUAGUAUAGAGUAUCAGUGUCUUCUCCCCUCGUACUGCGUAGGAGUUCAACAGUUUGCUUGUUUUUUUUUAAUUGAAAAUGACGUCACAAAAGUGUAAGCGUCGUUGCGAUUUCAAAGUCACAGUGAAGUGGGCCCUACGGCCUUUCCUUGCUCUCUUUGAUUUGAACAAAUGCGCUUUGGCGGCGGACGCUAGCAUAGCUCGGCUGUCGGGCGGAACAAGUGUUGUUUCGGAAGGCCAGGGUUCCUCGCCUGAUGCCAUGGGGGUUAUCGAUUUUUUAGUACCAUCAGAUUGUCAAAGACGAUGUGAAUAUACGAAAAAUAUUAUGUAAGAAUGUAAGGUAAGGCCCUAUAGGAGAGAUAUUUUUUUAUGCAUUACACAAGAAAAACUUUCGUACUUUGCCUAUUUGUAGUUUUAAAAAAAAAUGUAGUAAAGGAAAAAGAAUCUUGGCUGUUGAAAUUAAUAGAUAACCGGGUGGAAUAAAAUGUUUCUUAUGUUCUCUAGAUUCGAAAUGUACAUUCUCACAUGAAUUUACGCAUAAUCGUUAUUGUUGGUAAAGUUUUUAUACUUAGCAGCUUGUAAUCAAGUCUUUUUUUUUUAUUUAUAAAACCCGCUAAAGUAUUUGUGAAGGCAUCCCGAAGGUGUAAAAUAAAAUACUUUAGUAAUGAAAAUAAUAUUUUUCUUUUUUAAUUAUCUUACAUCGAAAUCUCCAUAACAGCUGGAAAUACCAGUUUGACUAUUGUUAUAAGUAUGUAUUUACUAAUUUAAUAAUAUACCUUUUUUUUUUAAAUCAAUAAUUACGUCAUCAAAUGCAAUAUCAACUUAAAUGUGCUUGCCGUGUUUAUAAGCCAGAGAACUAGAUUUUAUGAUUUCGGAAAAAAGCUAUUCAUUAUUCUCUAGUUCUACAGUUCUCAUGAUGAAAAAUGGUAUAUAGUGGUACUAGAAAAGACUUGUCUUCACGACAUAAUGUCGUGGAUCACUAUUUCUUUAUUUUUAAAAAUUACAGUUUUGCAGGACCGAUUUCGAACAAAAAGUACUGUUGACUACACAAACGAAAAUUUGUUCAAAAAGUAAAACCUUGAAUUUAAAUCUUUCUAAAAGCGCACGAUAAGUUUGCGCGUGGUCAAAAUCGGAACUUUAGUCUGGCAAGUUCGUAGAUAACACUCCCAUGAUAUGCGGGCGACAGGGGGUAAGACUGCGCGGGUGUGAAAUCGUGCGUGCGGGGAAGUGACGUGUGAAGUGAUCAGUCGUCGGUUUUUCAUUCAUCGCUACACGCCUCCCGGUCCUCACGCAACAUCGGGAGUGUUACGAACGAAGUUGCCAAGCUAUAAUCAAGGCAUCGUCAUCUUGUCUUAUCUCUUGGCGGGUAAAAGAGAUCACUAACGUUGGCAUUCAUGUACACACUAGUACACAUGACAGUUACAUGACAUGACACCUUGUACAUAACAUGAUAAAUAUUCUAUAUAGAAUUUUAGACAUUAUUUUUCAUGCUGCAUAUGUAAUGCUCAAUCGCUAAUGCCAUUUUUUAUCGUGCAAACUACCAUCGUGCUGUCAGAACUAGAUCACAUCGCGACUUAAGAAAUACCACUGAUUAUAAUUAUUAUAAAGUCGACUAUAAAAAAGGACCUUUGUACUAUUGAAUUUUGCAAACGGUGCACUAGUCUUGCUGUAUUUGUAUGAUAAAUGUAAGGCGCUCCUAGCGGUGACACAAGUAUUAACGUUUUUCAUACAAAUAUCACUUGAAAGUAACAUUAGCAGAAGCAACACUAUGUAGAGCUAUAUAAAGCUUGGUCAUGACAAAAUAGGAAAAAGUGUUAUAAAGUAAGCUCGAACUUUUUUUUUUAUAUUUCACGGGGCAAAGGUUGGAUCGAAAUCUGAGAGUUGAUAUUAAGUACAGAAGUUGUAUAAUACGUAAGACUUUUAAUAGAUGGAUGUUAGUUAUAAAACUAUAAUAAUCCACAAUAAUUGUGCAAUUUUCUACAUGUAUUAUUAUUAUUUCAUUGUUUUGUCAAUGUGCAAACAUUACCGAAUUAAAAUAGCAUUGACGCAUGGAUAAUAAAAUAUAUGUGAAUGCAGUAAACUAUUUAAUGAAAAUCUGUCUAAUUAAAAUCUGUACAAAACAAA